AUGGUUUGUACAUUAAGCUGGAUAGACAAAACAAAUUCUUAAGCCAAGUCGUAAAGUGUUGAAUUGAAGUCGCUCAGUCGGAACAUUUGUUUUUGUUUGAAGCGACAUUAUCAGGGAUUUGCAGUAUCUAAAUACAAUAUUAACGGUAUUUGCUUUAAAACUCUGGUAAUUUGAGCACACAACACAUUUAUUUUAACAGACAGUCAAAAAGUGAGGUACUUGUUUUGUUACGUUUUUGUCCCACUAACAAAGCCGGACGUGAAUGGUAUACGAUUGCAUACAUGCAGCAGGAUAACCAUUACAAAAAACUGAAAACUUCAUGAAGAAAAGUUGUUUAGUCGGGCGCACAAACGUGUUAAGAAGUUUGGCUUUAAAAGAUACACAUAUGAUGAUACCAGCCCAAUCCGAAAAAUGAAUCCUGUUCAAAACGUGACGUCGAGGGUAGAGGUGCCCAAGAAGUUCCAAUACUUAUCGAUUCGAUUGGCCGCAGUAUUGAAUGUUAUUGGAGCCAGCAAAAAGAUCGCAAUGUGCCGAAGAGCAAAUUUUUAAUAUAGGGAGACAACAGCACAAAUAUCUGAUUUGCUUCGAAUGGUCGAUAAUGAGUGUUUCCAUUUCGGGAGUCAGUCGGAAGGGACCACCACGCCCGGUCUCCAGUCCGAUAUUGAUAUUCUGUUCAGUAACAAUGGAGUUAAUAUAAUGACGGUUUGGGAAGACUGGAAGGCCGGGCUGUCGAACCUUCUGAUGAUCUGGGGCGAUUUUACCCCUCCACAACAAUACUUACUGCAGGUCUUCAACAACAAUACACCGGAGCCAGAAUCUUGUUUGUAUGAUGCACGGUUCGUAAUGAAAGCCUCCAAUCAAAUUCUUUUUAGUUCAGAACGAUUUAAGCAGACAACCGAAGAAGUUAACAGACAUAAAGGAAAAGCAGCAAAAAGUGGCCCGUCAGUGAGCUCUAUAGAAGACUGGGAUAUUGUUCAGGCCUUUGCGGUCCGCAAGCAUCUUCCUGAAAUACAACACUGGAUAGAUCGACGAAGAGGCCGCUGGCCGUCUCCCCAGCUUCUGCAUGCUGCACGGGUAACACCGUGCUUUUUAGUUCCCGCGAAUCAUCCGGAAAGCGAUUAUAAACGUGAAGAGUGGCGACUUUCACCGAAUCUGUUAGAACGGAUGCUGGUUUUUAGUUUCAACAUAGCACAGAUUAAAUGUUAUAUCGUUUUGAAGAUGAUAAAGAAAUCGUUAUUUAGCAAACUCACAAAAGACACAAUCACUAGUUUUCAUUGCAAAACGAUCGUGUUUUACACUAUUGAGAGAAGCCCUUACGAAUUGUGGACGGAAGACAACCUUGCGUUCCUUGUGUUAUUAUGCUUAAAAACAUUAAGGAAAUGGUUACAAAUGGGCGUGUUUCCGCACUAUAUCAUACCUGAUGUUAAUUUAUUCGACGGGAAGCUCUCAAGGUCACAGCAGCUGCGACUUUUAAAAUACAUUGACUCUAUGAUAAAAAAUGAUCUGCAUGACAUCUUUCAUAUUGACAUUGAUAAUCUUGGCGAGUGGCUGCGUGCAUUUGUCAGGAAUCAAACUGAAGGAAGGGAGAUACGACAGGCGACGCUUUCGCACGUAUCAAUCUGUUUAAAAGUGAUUUAUGAACGCUACGUGCGGGUUUUCAGUCAUAUUUGCAACAACUUAUUUUUCAUCCCCCGAAUUUCGAAACGCGAUUUCAAAACCACAGUAGCAAGAAUUAUAACUGUUCUGUUGAAAAUGGAAACGGGUAAAGAGCAAGCGUUUGAAUUCGUUCAACAGUUCUACGCUAUACUAACGUCACUGUCUGUGCCUGAAUGCCGAAAAUUUGGGUUGUCUUUAACGUAUGAACGUUUGAGCGCGUUCCGUCAUGUCUUGGACACGGAUGUAGCAUCUAGCCAUCUUAAGAUGGCGUCCGUGCUAUACUGCAGUGGAAAUCUGCACUCUGCAGUCAAAGUAUUGGAGGACGUAGAUAUGAGAUACAAGUAUCGGGUCAAGGCUGUGUGUGGACAAAUUGGUGUGCCUGGUGACAGGGAUCUUGAUGUUUUUAAAACAAUGGUCGGAGAAGACGUAUUAACCGAACUGCCAUUCGCAUUAUGUGUGCGAUUUGUUAGACAGGAGGCGCACUGCUGUCCAUACAUACUGAGGUUUGAAAUGAACCGUAAUACAACCGAGGAGGAGAUUAGACUGAGAAACUACAUUGACCAUAAAUGGAUGAACUGCGUAGAAGUUGACGCUCGUCCGUUCCUCUACUAUCUUCAGUACCUCACGUAUGGAGGACUCUGUGAACGUGAGAAACAGUUACAAGCAAUGAACAAUCUAGAAAGAAUUAUAUUUUCUCGUAAUAAUCAUGGCGAGACGGAUAUUAACAUGAUUGGGCACUGCCACGAAAUGGAGGGAGACUGCAAUAUGGCUUUGAAAUUAUACACCCUUUCGUUAAGUUGUCGUCCUGCAAACAAUGCUGCUAAUUGGCAUUUCAGUCGCAUCGUUGGCGAAAGGCCAGUUCGGAUAACAAUCUAAACCAAUAUAAAACAUGUCAUGUUGAAAUUCUAAAAACACAAACGAAUAAUUUAUCGUAUUGCAUGGAUUUAAAAGCUAACAUAGGCGUGUAACGACAUGAAGAAAACUUAAGCAAUUUAUAAAUACACUGUCAUCAAAUAUGCUUUGAAAUUUAUGUUAAGUAAGAGUGCCGUACGGAACGCUCUGCAAGAACGAAUAUCCGGUGUAUAAACACUAAAUAAUAAUAAACUAAACGACUUUUUUUCUGAAAAAAAAUGUUUAUAACCACUACCUGAUAAUACACUUAACUUUUUUUUAUUAGUAUAUCGGUACUCACCUGCAUACUGAAAGUCGUCGGCUUGUUAGUAAAAUGCUUUCUUUGCAACUUAUUGAAACAAACUCCAUUUGGUAUGGGUCUAAACGAAAAUACAAAUCUCAGCCUAAGCUGUAUAUUCAUCGCAGUGGUUCUACUUUUUGUAUCCAACAGGUCAGCUCAGUAAAAUGUCUUUGUGUAACAUUCUACAAAAAAUCUCGAAAAAAGUCUGGCUUUUUUAAGCAACUAGAGAAUUGAGGUUGCAAGUAAAAAACAAUAAACUCAUUGGAGAAGUUUUGAAAUUAAAACCUAUGUAACAUGAUGUUAAACUUUUUUUUUAAGUUUGACCGGUUGCCACUUGUAAUUAUAUAAUUAUACAAGAAGUAUUAUUUGCGUAUGUUUAGAUAACAACCGUUAUGAAGAUACAUACAUUAUUAAAAUGUAAAAAAAGAAAUAAAUUAUCUAAGUGCCGCCUUUCUCGAUCAAUGGCCGGCCAGUGUAGACUUGUGUGAUAGCUUUACCGAUAUCAUCUUAACUUCCGAUACCUUUAUUUAUGCUGUUGUCCCUUUUAGGAAGGCAUUCGGUUUGAGUCUUAAUAUUACUCGAUAAAUUUAAUUAAAAUAAUAUUGUUAUAUAGAAUGCGAUAUGUCUCUAUGUUGUACAAUAUUAUGCCAAAAACACCACAACGGAAAUUUAUAAGAUUCAGGUAUUGCUAUUUGAAACGUACACUAGAAAUGACGUUACCUUAUGCGACGUCAUCUUUGCAUGAAACUUUCAUUCAUAACGAUUAUAUAAGAAGCAAAUACGUUUAAACGCGUAUCGCAAAAUGCCUUUUAAGAUCCGUAAAUGCUCAAAAACAACGAAUACUUGUAAAAUAAAAAUAACCCAUACAAAUC